GCCUCACAGCCGGGGCCUGCUUGUCUCUCCAGCUUGCUGGCUGGCCACACUACACGGUGGAUUGAAGGCCACAGGUCAGAGGCGGACACACUCGCUGCAGCCGUCUCCUUGCCUUCCUGGACAUGGGAGGUGCUGCCGUGGACGAGGGCCCCUCCGGCGUCAAAGCCCCAGAUGGCGGCUGGGGCUGGGCUGUGCUCUUUGGCUGUUUUGUCAUCACCGGCUUCUCCUACGCCUUCCCCAAGGCCGUCAGCGUCUUCUUCAAGGAGCUCAUGCGGGAGUUUGGCAUCGGCUAUAGCGACACGGCCUGGAUCUCCUCCAUCCUGCUGGCCAUGCUCUAUGGCACAGGCCCGCUCUGCAGCGUGUGUGUGAACCGCUUCGGGUGCCGGCCAGUCAUGCUGGUGGGGGGCCUCUUCGCCGCCCUGGGCAUGGUGGCCGCCUCCUUCUGCAGAAGCAUCAUCCAGGUCUACCUCACCACGGGCGUCAUCACCGGCCUGGGCCUGGCCCUUAAUUUCCAGCCUUCCCUCAUUAUGCUCAACCGCUACUUCAGCAAACGGCGCCCUCUGGCCAACGGGCUGGCCGCGGCCGGCAGCCCCGUGUUCCUGUGUGCGCUGUCUCCGCUGGGCCAGGUGCUCCAGGACCACUAUGGCUGGCGGGGCGGCUUCCUCAUCCUAGGCGGCCUGCUGCUCAACUGCUGCGUGUGCGCUGCGCUCAUGCGGCCGCUCCUGGCGCCCCGGCCGAGUGGGGGCCCCCAGCCCUCGCGCCAGCCACGGCGGCUGCUGGACCUGAGCGUCUUCCGGGACCCGGGCUUCGUCGUCUACGCGGUGGCCGCCUCCAUCAUGGUGCUGGGUCUCUUUGUGCCCCCGGUAUUUGUGGUGAGCUACGCCAAGGACCUGGGUGUGCCGGAUACCAAGGCGGCCUUCCUGCUCACCAUCCUGGGCUUCAUUGACAUCUUCGCCCGGCCCACCGCCGGCUUCAUCACCGGCCUCCAGAAGGUGCGGCCCUACUCCGUGUACCUCUUCAGCUUUGCCAUGUUCUUCAACGGCUUCACCGACCUGACGGGCUCCACGGCCAGCGACUACGGAGGCCUGGUGGUCUUCUGCAUCUUCUUCGGCAUCUCCUACGGCAUGGUGGGGGCGCUGCAGUUUGAGGUACUCAUGGCCAUCGUGGGCACCGAGAAGUUCUCCAGUGCCAUCGGGCUCGUGCUGCUGAUGGAGGCGGUGGCAGUGCUCAUCGGACCCCCGUCCGGCGGCAAGCUGCUGGACGCGACGUGCGUGUACAAGUACGUGUUCAUCCUGGCGGGCGCCGAGGUGCUGGCCUCCUCCCUGGUGCUGCUGCUGGGGAACGUCUGCCUGGGGAAGCGUCGCCAGGCGGCGCUGCCGCCCGCCGAGGACAAGCUCCACCAGCCCCCCGCGGACUUGAGGGUGGACUCGCAGGAGGUGGAACACUUCCUGAAGGCGGAGCCUGAGAAGAACGGGGAGGUGGUUCACACCCCAGAGACCAGCGUGUGAAUGCCCGGCCGGGCAGGCAGGGAGCAGGGACGAGGUACAGAGACUGGCAACGCUCAUAUUUAUUUCACCAACAGGACCAGCUGAGGCGGGGCCAUCGGCUCGGCUCUGGCUGCCUGGUCAGCGGGUCAGUGUUUUACGGGGGGAGGUGGCGGGGUGGGAACCGUGUCAUUCCAAAGUGGAUCUGCGGUGAAGCCAAGCCCCGGUUACUAGCUGCCCCUGCCAGGGACCCGGCCUGCCAGCCUUGUGCAGCCUGCACCCCCACCCCCACCCCUGUGGCCAAGGACCUGGAAACCCACACUUUGGAGACAACACGACUUUAAUGCGAGCGUGGGGCUGGGGGAGGCUGAAGGGCGGCACUGCACUGCCCAGGACCCUUCCUCACGCCCCCCUACCCCACCGCGCCCGCCCCUCUUGGCUCCUUCCGCCCGAGAAGGUGGAAGGAGUCUCAGGAACGCGUCCCGGGAGCUGUCUGCUGUGCUGUGCUGUGCUGCUGUGCUGUGCUGGUCCCACCCCCACUAAGAAACAACCUGGUUACUAGA